AUGUCGAAAUGCUCGAGUCGCCAAUCGCACUCGGAUUACUGUAGUGUGUACUCGUCGGACGAGGAAUCGACAUCGUCGCCACCACCACCACCACCACCAAUCGUUGGCGCAAUUCCAGCCGGCGUUUGUCCGCAUUGUCACAAGAUAUUCGAACAGCCGGUCACCCUCCAAUGCGGUCAUUCGUUGUGUCGCGCGUGCUGCGACGCGCUUCUCCGCUCGUCGUCGGACGCCAUUCAGCGGCCGACGACGCGUCCGCGCAUGGGUGUCAGCAGUUGGGUGUCGUCGUCGCGUCGCCACCACCACCAUCACACCAUCAAUCGCACGCCGGCGUGUCUCGUGUGCGGCGCGGCGGCGAGCCCGUCGCCGCCGAUACCCAAUCUCGAGCUCGACAACUUUUUGCGCAACAUCAAAAGCGUUCGCUGGUGUCUCGACGAGCCGAGACAACGCAAAUGGGAGGACGAGGGCGUCGCGAUACACGAGUGCAAGAUCGCCGUGGUCGGCGCGCGCGGCGUCGGCAAAACGUGCCUCGCGCGCGUCCAAUACGGCAACGAGAUCAUGUUUCCCGAUUUGUCCGACGACGGCGACGAUUCCGAUUCAUACAUCAUCGAUAUCAUCGAUGGAAUGGAUGUUAAUAAGAGCUUCACCGCCGCUCAUGGAAUCAUCGUUGUCUACUCGAUAGCGGAUCGCUCGACGUUCUACGAGGCGUGCGAGAUCUACAGAAGGCUUGAGAACGGCCGAGAGCACAAUCAGCCGCUCGUCCUCGUCGGCUCCAAGAAGGACAAGGAGAAGCGUCGCGAGGUGACGUCGUCCGAAGGCCAACAAUUGGCUCGCGCGUUCGGCUGCCCGUUUUAUGAAGUGUCGGCGAAGCGCAACGACAGCGUCCACGAGAUGUUCACCGACAUCGUCACCAUGAUUCAGAAGCAGCAGAAUUCGUUUCGGCUCAAUCUCGAACAGACGCUUCAAUAA